GUGGAGCUGUAGCGAUUUCGGAUCUGGUGAAAGGAGAGGUCUGGGGCGGGCUGGGGUUCAGUUUUUCCUGGUCCGGUGGAGGUUCUUCUGGGAUCACGCGAAGGCAGCCAAGGUUGGCUACUGAGUGCAGGAGCUGCGGAGGCAAAAGCAGCGUCUUCUAGUGGUGCUGUUCUUAGCCGGUCCUCCAGGAGCCUGACCUGAGUGGCUUUAUUAGUGCUUCAGUGGAAUAAACCAGCAGAACAGAACUUGGUCAGGAAGUUAUAGGAAGCUCUUGCAGCAGAUUUCCCACCAGGAUGACUAUGAUUGGUUGUGAUUUUAGAUCUUAAAGCAGAAAAUUGGAAUCAUGAAAGUAGACAGGACUAAACUGAAAAAGACACCUACUGAGGCUCCUGCAGACUGCAGAGCCUUAAUAGACAAACUUAAAGUUUGUAAUGAUGAGCAACUCCUCUUGGAACUGCAACAAAUCAAAACAUGGAAUAUUGGCAAGUGUGAGUUAUAUCACUGGGUGGAUCUGUUGGAUCGCUUUGAUGGAAUUUUGGCAGAUGCUGGACAAACAGUGGAGAAUAUGUCAUGGAUGCUUGUAUGUGAUAGGCCAGAAAAAGAACAGCUAAAAAUGCUUCUAUUGGCUGUAUUGAACUUCACAGCCUUGCUUAUUGAAUACAGCUUUUCUCGGCAUCUCUACAGUUCCAUAGAGCAUUUGACAACAUUAUUGGCAUCCUCUGAUAUGCAAGUGGUGCUGGCAGUCCUUAACCUUCUAUAUGUAUUUAGCAAAAGAUCAAACUAUAUCACACGUCUUGGCUCUGACAAGAGGACCCCACUACUGACAAGGCUGCAACAUUUGGCAGAGAGCUGGGGUGGAAAGGAGAAUGGAUUUGGACUUGCAGAAUGUUGCAGAGACUUGCAUAUGUUGAAAUAUCCACCCAGUGCAACCACACUACACUUUGAAUUCUAUGCAGAUUCUGGAGCUGAGGUCAAAAUUGAGAAGAGGACAACUAGUAAUACACUACAUUAUAUUCACAUAGAACAACUUGACAAGAUUUCAGAAAGCCCUUCUGAAAUAAUGGAAUCUCUUACCAAAAUGUACAGCAUUCCUAAGGAUAAGCAGAUGCUGUUAUUUACUCAUAUAAGGCUGGCCCAUGGCUUUUCUAAUCACAGGAAGCGAUUACAAGCUGUUCAGGCCAGAUUGCAUGCAAUAUCUAUAUUAGUCUAUUCCAAUGCUUUGCAAGAGUCAGCAAACAGUAUCUUGUAUAAUGGCUUGAUAGAGGAGUUAGUAGAUGUCCUUCAAAUAACAGAUAAGCAGCUUAUGGAAAUUAAAGCUGCUUCUUUACGAACAUUAACAUCAAUUGUGCAUUUGGAGAGAACUCCCAAGCUCAGUAGUAUUAUUGACUGUACUGGAACUGCCUCCUACCAUGGAUUUUUGCCUGUGCUUGUGCGGAACUGCAUUCAAGCUAUGAUUGAUCCUUCCAUGGACCCAUAUCCCCACCAGUUUGCUACUGCUCUCUUCUCCUUUUUGUACCACCUGGCCAGCUAUGACGCUGGUGGUGAAGCCUUGGUCUCCUGUGGAAUGAUGGAAGCCUUACUAAAGGUCAUAAAGUUUCUUGGUGAUGAACAGGACCAGAUAACAUUUGUCACCAGAGCUGUCAGAGUGGUUGACCUCAUCACCAACCUGGACAUGGCAGCUUUUCAGUCUCAUAGUGGUCUUUCUAUCUUCAUCUAUAGACUUGAGCAUGAAGUAGAUUUGUGUCGAAAAGAAUGUCCUUUUGUGAUCAAGCCAAAGAUCCAGAGACCUAGUACCACUCAAGAAGGAGAAGAAAUGGAAACUGAUAUGGAUGUUGCAGAUGUAACUAUGGAAAGCAGUCCAGGCUCAUCCAUAUCUAUGGAGCACCGGCUGGAUGUUGAAUUAAGGGCAUCAAGUUCCAACAGCAGCACUAGCAUCUCUGGCCCUGCCCCAGGUCCUGGCCCUGGCCCUGGCCCUGGCCCUGGCCCUGGCCCUGGCCCUGGGAUUGGCCCUGGCCCUGGCCCUGGCCCUGGCCCUGACCCUGGCCCUGGUCCUGGCUCUGGCCCUGGUCCUGGCUCUGGCUCUGGCCCUGGCCCUGGACCCCGUCCUGGAGUCCAGUGUAUUCCCCAACGAGCAGCACUUCUCAAGUCCAUGUUGAAUUUCCUCAAGAAGGCCAUUCAAGACCCUGCUUUCUCAGAUGGCAUACGGCAUGUGAUGGAUGGUUCUCUACCUACCUCUCUGAAACACAUCAUCAGCAAUGCAGAAUACUAUGGCCCAUCACUCUUCCUCCUAGCUACUGAAGUGGUGACUGUGUUUGUAUUUCAAGAGCCAUCACUGUUGUCCUCACUCCAGGACAAUGGGCUGACAGAUGUCAUGCUACAUGCACUGCUCAUCAAAGAUGUACCUGCUACAAGAGAAGUCCUUGGUUCCCUCCCAAAUGUAUUCAGUGCACUUUGCUUGAAUGCCCGAGGUCUUCAGUCUUUUGUACAAUGUCAGCCAUUUGAACGUCUCUUCAAAGUUCUUCUAUCUCCUGAUUACCUCCCAGCCAUGCGGAGGAGGAGGAGUUCUGAUCCCCUUGGGGAUACUGCAUCCAACCUGGGGAGUGCUGUUGAUGAGCUCAUGAGACAUCAGCCCACUCUUAAAACGGAUGCUACAACUGCCAUCAUCAAGUUACUUGAAGAAAUAUGUAAUCUUGGAAGAGAUCCAAAAUAUAUUUGUCAGAAGCCUUCCAUCCAGAAAGCAGAUGGUACCGCUAAUACCCCUCCUCCAAGGUCCAAUCAUGCUGCAGAAGAAGCCUCUAGUGAAGAUGAGGAAGAAGAAGAAGUACAGGCUAUGCAGAGCUUUAAUUCUGCCCAGCAGAAUGAAACUGAGCCUAAUCAACAGGUUGUUGGUACAGAGGAACGUAUUCCUAUCCCCCUCAUGGAUUACAUCCUUAAUGUGAUGAAAUUUGUGGAGUCUAUUCUGAGCAACAAUACAACAGAUGACCACUGCCAAGAAUUUGUAAAUCAGAAGGGACUAUUACCUUUGGUUACCAUUUUGGGUCUUCCCAAUCUGCCCAUUGACUUUCCCACAUCUGCUGCCUGUCAGGCUGUUGCAGGUGUCUGCAAAUCCAUAUUGACCCUUUCACAUGAACCUAAAGUUCUUCAAGAAGGUCUCCUUCAGUUAGACUCUAUCCUUUCCUCCUUGGAACCUUUACACCGGCCCAUUGAAUCCCCUGGGGGCUCUGUGUUACUGCGAGAACUGGCAUGUGCAGGCAAUGUUGCUGAUGCUACCCUCUCAGCUCAGGCCACACCUCUGUUGCAUGCACUCACUGCUGCCCAUGCCUACAUCAUGAUGUUUGUUCACACCUGCAGAGUUGGGCAGAGUGAAAUUCGUUCUAUCUCCGUAAACCAGUGGGGUUCUCAGUUGGGUUUGAGUGUUCUCAGCAAGCUGAGUCAGUUAUACUGUUCGCUGGUGUGGGAAAGCACUGUCCUCCUCUCACUGUGUACUCCCAACAGCCUACCAUCUGGAUGUGAAUUUGGACAAGCGGACAUGCAGAAACUGGUUCCAAAGGAUGAGAAGGCAGAAGGAGAACAGGAUGGGACAGCUGGAAGUAUGGAUGCUUCUACCCAGGGCUUAUUGGAAGGAAUUGAGCUAGAUGGAGACACAUUGGCUCCCAUGGAGACAGAUGAACCUUCUUCUUCGGAUUCUAAAGGCAAAUCUAAAAUCACACCAGCUAUGGCAGCCAGAAUUAAACAAAUCAAGCCAUUGCUGUCCGCUUCUUCCAGAUUGGGCCGAGCACUUGCUGAGCUCUUUGGACUCCUUGUUAAGCUUUGUGUGGGUUCUCCUGUCCGCCAAAGAAGGAGCCAUCAUGCUGCCAGUACCACUACUGCGCCAACACCUGCUGCUAGGUCAACAGCUUCAGCCCUCACUAAGCUACUCACAAAAGGCUUGUCAUGGCAGCCCCCACCAUAUACACCUACUCCUCGCUUCAGGCUGACAUUCUUCAUCUGUUCAGUUGGAUUCACAUCUCCAAUGCUGUUUGAUGAGAGAAAGUAUCCUUACCACCUUAUGCUGCAGAAAUUUCUCUGCUCUGGUGGUCACAAUGCUCUUUUUGAAACUUUCAACUGGGCUCUGUCCAUGGGAGGAAAAGUUCCUGUUUCUGAGGGAUUGGAGCAUUCAGACUUACCUGAUGGCACAGGAGAAUUCCUAGAUGCCUGGCUUAUGCUUGUAGAAAAGAUGGUGAAUCCCACCACAGUGCUUGAAUCUCCACAUUCAUUGCCUGCCAAAUUGCCUGGAGGUGUCCAGAGCUUUCCACAAUUCAGUGCCCUCCGCUUCCUUGUAGUAACUCAAAAAGCAGCCUUUACUUGCAUCAAGAACCUGUGGAACCGGAAACCCCUUAAAGUAUAUGGUGGACGAAUGGCUGAGUCUAUGCUGGCCAUUCUGUGUCACAUUCUUCGAGGAGAACCUGUAAUUCGAGAGAGACUGAGCAAAGAGAAGGAAGGAUCUCGAGGAGAAGAAGAUGGAAGCCAAGAAGAAGGUGGCUCCCGCAGAGAACCUCAAGUCAACCAACAACAGCUACAACAGCUCAUGGACAUGGGUUUCACAAGAGAACAUGCCAUGGAGGCCCUGUUGAACACCAGCACAAUGGAACAAGCAACAGAGUACCUUUUAACCCAUCCUCCUCCAAUUAUAGGAGGAGUUGUUCGGGAUCUUAGCAUGUCCGAAGAGGACCAGAUGAUGAGAGCAAUUGCCAUGUCUUUGGGACAGGAUAUUCCAAUGGAUCAAAGGGCAGAGUCACCUGAGGAAGUUGCUUGCCGGAAGGAGGAAGAGGAACGGAAAGCUCGAGAAAAGCAAGAAGAGGAAGAAGCUAAAUGCCUAGAAAAGUUUCAAGAUGCUGACCCAUUGGAACAAGAUGAGCUCCAUACUUUCACAGAUAGAAUGUUACCAGGCUGCUUCCAUCUUCUUGAUGAGCUGCCUGAUACAGUGUACCGCGUCUGUGAUCUGAUCAUGACAGCUAUCAAGCGUAAUGGAUCAGAUUAUCGUGAUAUGAUUUUGAAGCAGGUUGUCAACCAGGUGUGGGAAGCUGCUGAUGUAUUGAUCAAAGCUGCUCUUCCUCUAACAACAAGUGACACAAAAACAGUGUCAGAAUGGAUCAGUCAAAUGGCUACCCUGCCACAGGCUUCCAAUUUGGCUACUAGAAUCUUGCUUUUAACACUACUUUUUGAGGAGUUGAAGCUCCCUUGUGCCUGGGUAGUUGAAUCAAGUGGCAUCCUUAAUGUCCUAAUCAAGCUCUUAGAAGUGGUUCAGCCCUGCUUGCAGGCUGCCAAAGAGCAAAAGGAAGUCCAGACCCCAAAGUGGAUCACUCCAGUACUGCUCCUUAUUGAUUUUUAUGAAAAGACAGCCAUUUCAUCAAAGAGAAGAGCCCAAAUGACUAAGUACCUACAGUCCAACAACAACAACUGGCGUUGGUUUGAUGACCGUUCUGGACGUUGGUGUAGUUAUAGUGCUAGCAACAACAGCACCAUUGAUUCUGCCUGGAAAUCUGGAGAAACAAGUGUAAGAUUCACUGCAGGCCGACGAAGAUACACUGUCCAGUUUACUACAAUGGUGCAGGUUAAUGAAGAAACGGGGAACCGACGCCCUGUGAUGCUAACUCUCCUCAGGGUACCACGACUGAGUAAAAACUCAAAAAGCAGCAAUGGACAGGAACUAGAGAAAACACUGGAAGAGAGCAAAGAAACCGAUAUCAAACGUAAAGAAAAUAAAGGCAAUGAUAUCCCAGUGGCUCUAGAGAGUACAAACACUGAAAAAGAAACAAGCUUGGAAGAAACAAAAAAUGGGGAGAUUGUAAUCCAGGGCCUGACAGAAGAUAUGGUGACAAUUCUAAUCCGAGCCUGUGUGAGCAUGCUGGGAGUCCCUGUGGACCCAGACACUUUGCAUGCCACCCUUCGCCUCUGUCUGAGGCUCACUCGCGACCACAAAUAUGCCAUGAUGUUUGCAGAGCUGAAGAGUACAAGGAUCCUCAAUGAUAUGUCUUAAGAGAAGGGUGACUAAGGGGGUAAACCCAUUGAAGCCUGAGCUCUGGGUCAAAUUCAAGAUCAUCCGUGUACUCUUCGUCAUACUAUGGAAAAGGUUGUUCGCUCAGCAGCUACAAGUGGAGCUGGAAGUACUACAUCUGGUGUUGUAUCUGGUAGUCUCGGCUCCCGGGAGAUCAACUACAUCCUUCGAGUCCUUGGGCCAGCUGCCUGCCGCAAUCCAGACAUAUUCACAGAAGUAGCCAACUGCUGUAUCCGCAUUGCCCUUCCAGCCCCUCGAGGCUCAGGGACUGCUUCAGAUGAUGAAUUUGAGAAUCUUAGAAUUAAAGGUCCUAAUGCUGUACAGCUGGUAAAGACAACACCUUUGAAGCCUUCAUCUCUGCCUGUCAUUCCUGAUACUAUUAAGGAAGUUAUCUAUGAUAUGCUGAAUGCUUUGGCUGCAUACCAUGCUCCAGAAGAAGCAGACAAAUCUGAUUCUAAACCUGGGGGAAUGACCCAAGAGGUUGGCCAGCUCCUGCAAGACAUGGGUGACGAUGUAUACCAGCAAUACCGGUCACUUACUCGUCAGAGCAGUGACUUUGAUACACAGUCAGGUUUUUCCUUAAAUAGUCAGGUCUUUGCUGCAGAUGGUACCCCUGCUGACACUUCCUCACCUGGAACCUCCCAAGGAGAGGGAGCUUCAACUCCAGAGGAGACUCGAGAAGGGAAGAAAGAUAAAGAAGGGGACCGGACCUCUGAGGAAGGCAAGCAGAAAGGCAAGGGCAGCAAACCUUUAAUGCCUACCUCUACUAUCCUUCGUCUUCUGGCAGAGUUGGUGAGGUCCUAUGUUGGUAUUGCUACCCUGAUUGCAAACUACAGCUAUACCGUGGGCCAGUCUGAGCUGAUCAAAGAGGACUGCAGUGUGCUAGCUUUUGUGCUGGACCACCUCCUCCCACACACCCAGAAUAUAGAAGACAAGGACACACCUGCCCUGGCUCGUCUAUUCCUUGCAAGUCUGGCUGCUGCGGGGAGUGGCACAGAUGCCCAGGUGGCUCUAGUGAAUGAAGUAAAAGCAGCCCUGGGACGGGCGCUUGCUAUGGCCGAGAGUACAGAGAAACAUGCCAGACUUCAGGCAGUGAUGUGUAUCAUCAGUACUAUCAUGGAGUCCUGCCCCUCCACCUCCAGCUUCUACAGUAGUGCCACACCCAAGACUCAGCAUAAUGGCAUGAACAACAUCAUUCGACUGUUCCUGAAGAAGGGACUAGUUAAUGACCUGGCAAGAGUUCCUCACAGCCUAGACCUGUCCAGUCCCAAUAUGGCCAAUACAGUCAAUGCUGCUCUAAAACCUUUGGAAACACUUUCUCGGAUUGUAAACCAGCCCAGUAGCCUUUUUGGCAGCAAGAGUGCUUCUAGCAAGAACAAGGCUGAGCAGGAUGCCCAAGGAGCCUCUCAGGACUCAAGUAGCCAUCAGCAAGAUCCAGGCGAGCCUGGGGAAACAGAAGUGCAGGAGGAGGAUCAUGAUGUCACUCAGACAGAGGUGGCAGAUGGGGAUAUCAUGGAUGGGGAGGCUGAGACCGACUCAGUGGUGAUUGCUGGGCAGCCCGAGGUGCUCAGUUCACAAGAGAUGCAGGUUGAGAAUGAGCUGGAGGACCUGAUAGAUGAGUUGCUUGAGAGGGAUGGCGGAUCUGGGAACAGUACAAUUAUAGUGAGCAGAAGUGGAGAGGAUGAAUCACAAGAGGACGUGCUGAUGGAUGAAGCUCCUUCCAACCUCAGCCAAGCUUCCACCUUGCAGGCCAACCGAGAAGAUUCCAUGAAUAUCCUGGACCCUGAGGAUGAGGAGGAGCACACUCAGGAAGAGGACAGCAGUGGCAGUAACGAGGAUGAGGAUGAUAGUCAGGAUGAAGAGGAGGAGGAGGAGGAAGAUGAGGAAGAUGAUCAGGAGGAUGAUGAAGGUGAAGGAGAUGAAGAUGAUGAUGACGAUGGUUCUGAGAUGGAAUUGGAUGAGGAUUACCCUGAUAUGAACGCUUCUCCCUUGGUCCGAUUUGAGCGCUUUGACCGGGAGGAUGAUCUCAUCAUUGAGUUUGACAACAUGUUCUCCAGUGCUACAGACAUCCCCCCAUCCCCAGGAAAUAUUCCUACCACCCACCCAUUGAUGGUACGCCAUGCAGAUCACAGUUCCCUGACACUGGGCAGUGGCUCUUCCGCAACUCGUCUCACCCAGGGGAUCGGUCGCAGUCAAAGGACCCUAAGACAGCUGACAGCCAAUACAGGCCAUACCAUUCAUGUUCACUACCCUGGGAAUCGCCAGCCUAACCCUCCACUUAUACUCCAGAGGUUGCUUGGUCCCUCAGCUGCUGCUGACAUCCUUCAGCUGAGCAGCAGCCUUCCCUUACAAAGCCGAGGCCGGGCCCGCCUCCUUGUGGGCAAUGAUGACGUCCAUAUCAUCGCCAGGUCUGAUGACGAGCUGCUGGAUGACUUUUUCCAUGACCAGAGUACAGCUACUAGCCAAGCAGGAACCCUGUCCAGCAUCCCUACAGCUCUGACCCGAUGGACAGAGGAAUGUAAAGUUCUUGAUGCCGAGAGCAUGCACGACUGUGUUUCAGUGGUUAAAGUACCCAUUGUCAAUCACCUGGAAUUCUUGAGAGAUGAGGAGCUAGAAGAAAGAAGAGAGAAACGCAGGAAACAACUAGCUGAGGAAGAAACAAAAAUAAUAGACAAAGGCAAAGAAGAUAAGGAAAACAGAGAUCAGAGUGCACAGUGUACUGUAUCUAAGAAAAAUGACUCCACUGAACACAAUGUCUCAGAUGGGACUCCUAUGCCUGACAGCUAUCCAACACCCCCCUCUUCAACGGAUCCAGCUACAUCUGAGUCCAAGGAGACACUUGGUACUCUACAGCCUUCCCAGCAGCAGCCAGCACUCCCACCCCCACCAGCCUUAGGAGAGAUUCCUCAGGAAGUGCAGUCCCCUGCUGAAGAAGUGGGGAACUCUACACAGCUAUUGAUGCCUAUAGAGUUGGAGGAGCUGGGUCCCACAAGGACAGGUGGAGAAGCAGAAACAACUCAAAUGGAAUUAUCCCCAGCUCCAACCAUAACCUCUCUUUCUCCUGAGAGAGCUGAAGAUUCAGAUGCAUUAACAGCUGUCAGCAGUCAGCUGGAAGGUUCUCCAAUGGACACCAGCAGCCUGGCUUCCUGUACGUUAGAAGAGGCUGUGGGUGAUGCUCCAGCAGCUGGGAGCUCUGAGCAGCCCACGGCAGGGAGCUCCACUCCUGGGGAUGCCCCACCAGCUGUGGCAGAAGUGCAAGGCAGACCUGAUGUGUCAGGUGAACCCGCCCAGCGAUCCGAGGACAACUCUCCCCCUGCAUCCUCUGAGAGUUCUUCUACCAGAGAUUCUGCUGUGGCCGUCUCUGGAGCAGAUUCUCGAGGAAUUCUGGAAGAGCCACUACCUUCAACAAGCAGUGAAGAAGAAGAUCCCCUUGCCGGUAUCAGUCUCCCUGAAGGUGUGGAUCCCUCCUUUCUGGCUGCUCUUCCUGAUGAUAUCCGUCGGGAAGUCCUUCAGAACCAGCUGGGCAUCCGUCCACCAACCCGAAGUGUUCACUCCACAAAUAUCUCAGCUCCUUCAGUAGUGGAGAAUCCUGAUGUGACUGAAGUGAGCCCUGAGUUCCUGGCUGCCCUACCUCCAGCCAUUCAAGAGGAAGUGUUAGCACAGCAGAGAGCUGAACAGCAGCGACGGGAACUGGCCCAGAAUGCCAGUUCAGACACCCCCAUGGACCCUGUGACCUUCAUUCAAACUUUGCCCUCAGACCUGCGCCGUAGUGUCCUAGAGGACAUGGAAGACAGUGUGUUGGCUGUGAUGCCACCUGACAUUGCAGCCGAGGCUCAAGCCCUAAGACGAGAACAAGAAGCCCGGCAGCGGCAGCUCAUGCAUGAGCGUCUUUUUGGACACAGCAGUACCUCUGCACUCUCUGCCAUUCUCCGAAGUCCAGCUUUUACCAGUCGCCUGAGUGGAAACCGUGGGGUCCAGUAUACUCGCCUUGCCGUACAGAGAGGCGGCACCUUCCAAAUGGGGGGUAGCAGCAGCCAUAAUAGGCCUUCUGGCAGUAAUGUGGACACACUCCUCCGCCUCCGAGGACGACUACUUCUAGACCAUGAAGCCCUAUCUUGCCUCUUGGUCCUACUUUUUGUGGAUGAGCCAAAGCUCAAUACUAGCCGUCUACACCGAGUACUGAGAAAUCUCUGCUAUCAUGCCCAAACCCGCCACUGGGUCAUCCGCAGCCUCCUGUCCAUUUUGCAGCGCAGCAGUGAGAGUGAGUUGUGCAUUGAGACACCCAAGCUCUCCACAAAUGAAGAAAGGGGCAAGAAGUCAAGCAAGAGUUCUGCAUCAACCAGCCAUGAGAACCGUCCCCUGGAUCUGCUCCACAAGAUGGAGUCCAAAAGUUCCAAUCAACUCUCCUGGCUCUCAGUAUCUAUGGAUGCUGCCUUAGGCUGUAGGACUAACAUAUUCCAGAUUCAACGCUCUGGAGGGCGUAAACAUACAGAGAAGCAUGCAAGCAGUGGUUCCACUGUCCACAUCCACCCCCAGGCUGCUCCUGUUGUCUGCAGACAUGUUCUGGACACACUCAUUCAAUUGGCCAAGGUGUUUCCCAGCCACUUUACACAGCAGCGGACCAAAGAAACAAACUGUGAGAGUGAUCGGGAAAAGGGCAGUAAGCAGACAUGCAGCCCAUGCUCCUCACAGUCCUCCAGCAGUGGCAUUUGUACAGACUUCUGGGACUUGCUGGUAAAACUGGACAACAUGAAUGUUAGCCGGAAAGGCAAGAACUCAGUGAAGUCAGUACCAGUGAACGCUGGUGCUGAAGGGGAAACUUCCCUACACAGCCUUGAAGCUUCUCCACUGGGACAGCUCAUGAACAUGUUAUCACAUCCAGUCAUCCGCCGGAGUUCUCUCUUAACUGAGAAACUCCUGAGACUCCUCUCUCUCAUCUCAAUUGCUCUCCCAGAAAACAAAGUAUCGGAAGCACAAGCUAACUCUAGCAACAGUGCUGCUGCCAACUCAACCACAUCUACCACCACCACUACUGCCACCAUCCCCACGCCCACAGCCCCUGUUGCAACCACCCCCAUCACUUCUGCUCCAGCUCUGGUUUCUGCCACACCUGUUUCCACCGUUACUGUAGCUGCUUCUACCACAAUGACUACCCCCACAACUGUUACCACUACUGUUUCAACUUUCACUACUAAAGGCAGCAAAUCUCCAGCAAAGGUGGGUGAAGGAGGCAGCAAUGCUAUAGACUUAAAAAUGGUAUCCUCUGGCCUCACUGAAAACCAGUUACAGCUCUCUGUGGAGGUGUUGACGUCCCACUCUUGUUCUGAAGAAGGCUUAGAAGAUGCAGCCAAUGUGUUACUACAGCUCUCUCGGGGGGACUCUGGGACCCGAGACACAGUUCUUAAGCUGCUACUGAAUGGAGCCCGCCAUUUGGGUUACACCCUUUGUAAACAGAUAGGUACUCUACUGGCUGAGCUACGGGAAUACAAUCUAGAACAGCAACGGCGAACCCAGUGUGAGGCCCUCUCUCCUGAUGGCCUACCUGAGGAACAGCCACAGACCACCAAACUGAAAGGCAAAAUGCAGAGCAGGUUUGACAUGGCUGAGAAUGUGGUAAUUGUGGCAUCUCAGAAGCGACCUUUGGGUGGCCGGGAGCUCCAACUGCCGUCUAUGUCCAUGUUGACAUCCAAGACAUCUACCCAGAAGUUCUUCUUGAGGGUACUGCAGGUCAUUAUCCAGCUGCGGGAUGACACACGACGAGCUAACAAGAAAGCCAAGCAGACAGGCAGGCUAGGUUCCUCCGGUUUAGGCUCAGCUAGCAGCAUCCAGGCAGCUGUUCGGCAGCUGGAGGCUGAGGCUGAUGCCAUUAUACAAAUGGUACGUGAGGGUCAAAGGGCGCGGAGACAGCAACAAGCAGCAACGUCGGAAUCUAACCAAUCAGAAGCACCUGUUCGGAGAGAGGAGUCUCCCAUGGAUGUGGACCAGCCAUCUCCCAGUGCUCAAGAUACUCAGUCCAUUGUAGCCUCAGAUGGAGCACCACAGGGAGAAAAGGAGAAAGAGGAGAGACCACCUGAGUUGCCACUGCUCAGUGAGCAGCUGAGCCUAGAUGAGCUGUGGGACAUGCUAGGUGAAUGUUUAAAGGAACUGGAGGAAUCCCAUGACCAGCAUGCAGUGUUAGUGCUACAGCCUGCUGUCGAGGCCUUCUUUUUGGUCCAUGCCACAGAGCGGGAGAGCAAGCCUCCUGUCCGAGACACCCGUGAGAGCCAGCUGGCACAUAUCAAGGAUGAGCCUCCUCCACUCUCCCCUGCCCCCUUAACCCCAGCCACUCCUUCCUCCCUUGACCCAUUCUUCUCCAGGGAGCCCUCGUCUAUGCACAUCUCCUCGAGCCUGCCCCCUGACACACAGAAGUUCCUUCGCUUUGCAGAGACUCACCGCACUGUGUUAAACCAGAUACUACGACAGUCCACCACUCACCUUGCUGAUGGGCCUUUUGCUGUCUUAGUAGAUUACAUUCGUGUCCUUGACUUUGAUGUCAAACGCAAAUAUUUCCGCCAAGAGCUGGAACGUUUGGACGAAGGGCUCCGGAAGGAAGACAUGGCAGUUCAUGUCCGCCGUGACCAUGUAUUUGAAGACUCCUAUCGUGAGCUGCAUCGCAAAUCUCCAGAAGAAAUGAAGAAUCGAUUGUAUAUAGUGUUUGAAGGAGAAGAAGGGCAGGAUGCUGGGGGCCUCCUGCGAGAGUGGUACAUGAUCAUCUCUCGAGAGAUGUUCAAUCCUAUGUAUGCCUUGUUCCGUACCUCACCUGGUGACCGGGUCACUUACACAAUCAAUCCAUCUUCCCACUGUAACCCCAACCACCUCAGCUACUUCAAGUUUGUUGGACGCAUUGUAGCCAAAGCUGUAUAUGACAACCGUCUCCUGGAGUGCUAUUUUACUCGGUCCUUCUACAAACAUAUCUUGGGCAAGUCUGUCAGGUAUACAGAUAUGGAGAGUGAGGAUUACCACUUCUACCAGGGCCUAGUUUAUCUGCUAGAAAAUGAUGUCUCCACACUAGGCUAUGACCUCACCUUCAGUACUGAGGUUCAAGAAUUUGGAGUAUGUGAAGUUCGUGACCUCAAACCCAAUGGAGCCAACAUCUUGGUAACAGAGGAGAAUAAAAAGGAAUAUGUACACCUGGUGUGCCAGAUGAGAAUGACAGGAGCCAUCCGCAAACAGCUGGCAGCCUUCUUGGAAGGCUUCUAUGAAAUCAUUCCAAAGCGCCUAAUUUCCAUCUUCACUGAGCAGGAAUUAGAGCUGCUCAUAUCAGGGCUGCCCACCAUCGACAUAGAUGACCUAAAAUCUAACACUGAGUACCACAAGUACCAAUCCAACUCUAUUCAGAUCCAGUGGUUCUGGAGAGCAUUGCGUUCCUUUGACCAAGCAGACCGUGCCAAGUUCCUCCAGUUUGUCACGGGUACUUCCAAGGUGCCCCUGCAAGGGUUUGCUGCCCUUGAAGGUAUGAAUGGCAUUCAGAAAUUUCAGAUUCAUCGAGAUGACAGAUCCACAGAUCGCCUGCCUUCAGCUCAUACAUGUUUUAAUCAACUGGACCUGCCUGCCUAUGAGAGCUUUGAGAAGCUCCGCCACAUGCUACUAUUGGCCAUCCAGGAGUGCUCUGAAGGGUUUGGGCUGGCCUAAUAAGGUCUGCCUGCUUGGGGAUUUUCUACCAUUGUUGGACCUGGGGAGGGAGGGAUUUAAAAGAUCCAGAAAGAAAAUGUCAAAGUCCAAUAAAUGAAAUUCACCAACUCACCAUGUGUGUGUCCCAGCUGCCCAUCUUCCCUAGUGCAUACCUGUUCCCUUCUCAUUCUCUUUCCUCUCCCCUUUCCUUCUUGCCUCUCCCUUUUCCAUGCCGUCCAUGAUUCCCCACCCCAUGUGUUAAAGAAGGCAGUAGCCUUUGCAAGGACCUGUUUGUCCCAACUGAACAGUGUGCUCCUCAGAUUCUGUGUUCAGAAGGAUUUGCUGCAUUGAGACUUGAAACCUUUGGAUAGGGGAAAAAUUAUAUAUAUAUAUAUAUAUAUAUUUUUUGUUCUGUUUGCAUUUCUUAAUUUGUGCUUGGAAUGUGUUGAUGUGCACAGCUAAUGAUUCAAUGCGAGACAAGAUUGGCAUCUGUGUUGUGGAGGUUUCAAAUAAAGAGCACUCUUCAUAACUCA